AUGGGUCUUCUGUGCCAACUCCUCGAGAUCUGGAACAAAGCCAAGGGCAAGGAGCGUGAUGCCAUGCUCUGGGGUGAUGAGGUCGAGUACUUGGUUGUGACAUAUUCCAAGGAUGACCCCAGGGUCCUGCUGUCUCUCCGGCAAGCAGACAUUCUCAAGGCUCUGGACAAUGACACGGCGCUCUCCAUGUCGGGCUGCGCGCCGCCCUUGCCGGACGGCUCCAAUGCUCACCAGCCGCCCCCGGUCUUCCAUCCCGAGUUUGGGAGGUUCAUGCUCGAGGCUACGCCGGGCAAGCCGUGGGGCAUCGAGUUCAAAGAACUCCUGGAGGUCGAGCCAAACAUGAAGCUGAGGAGAUGUAUUGCCAAAGCCCACAUGUUGUCCAACGAAUACCCCAUCACGUUGACGACCUUUCCCAGGCUUGGCAGUCCGGGAGUUUUCACUGACCCCUUCUACCCCGUCUCGGGCCCCAAGCUGAGAUCCCAGUUCGUGCCGGACGAGAUUGCGAACCCGCACAUUCGCUUCCCCACGCUUGCGGCCAACAUCCGGUCCCGCCGCGGGCGCAAGGUGCAGGUCAACGUGCCGGUCUUCCGGGACGAGAAGACACUGUGGCCGUGGAGGGACCCGACGGUCAACUAUGACCUGCACAACUGGCCCGAGGACGACGACGUGCGGAAGGGCGCCGCGCCGGACAACUUCAUCCAUAUGGAUGCCAUGGCCUUCGGCAUGGGCAGCUGCUGCUUGCAGAUCACCUUCCAGGCGAAGAACCUGACCGAGGGGCGGCAGAUGUACGACCAGCUCAGCCCGCUGGGGCCGAUUCUGCUGGCCCUGACGGCGGCCACCCCCGUGUACAAGGGCUUUCUUGCCGACACGGAUGUCCGGUGGAACCAGAUCAGCAAGGCGGUGGACGACCGGACGCCCGAGGAGCUGGGCGAGAAGCCGCUUGCGGACGAUCGCUGGCGGAUCCCCAAGUCGCGCUACGCCUCGAACUCGACCUACAUCUCCGAGGACGCGCGGCUGCGGCCCGAGUAUCUGGACCCGGACCUGGUCAUCGACGAGACCAUCAAGCAGCAGCUGCUCGACGGCGGCAUGGACGACCGGCUGGCGACGCACUUUGCGCACCUCUUCAUCCGCGACCCGAUCGUCAUCUUCGCCGAGGACCUGCAGGCGCUCGACCUGGACAAGACGGACCACUUCGAGAAUAUCCAGAGCACCAACUGGCAGCACAUGCGCUUCAAGCCGCCGCCGGCCGACAACAGCAUCGGCUGGCGCGUCGAGUUCCGGCCCAUGGAGAUCCAGAUCACCGACUUCGAGAACGCCGCGUUUGCCGUGUUCAUCGUGCUCGUCACGCGCGUGAUCCUGUCGUUCGACCUCAACUUCUACAUCCCCAUCAAGAAGGUCGACGAGAACAUGGAGACGGCCCACGCCCGCGACGCCGUGCUGUCCCGCAAGUUCUACUUCCGCCGCAACCUGUUCCCGACCCAGCGCGCCACCUCCCGCUCGGGCUCGUCCACGCCCGUCGCCAGCCGCCCACCCACCCCACGCAAAACAAACCCCACUUCCGAACCUGACAAUGAAGAAGAAGCCAACAGCCAAGAAGAAGAAGAAGAAGAAGAAGAAUUCCCGGGCCUGAUCCCCCUCGUGGAAUCCUAUCUCGACUCGGUCAACGUCGACGUCGCCACCCGCUGCCAGCUGGCCACCUACCUGGACCUCAUCCGCAAGCGGGCCAGCGGCGAGCUGUGGACGGCGGCCAAGUGGAUCCGCCAUUUCGUGGGGAGCCACCCGGAGUAUAAGCGGGAUAGCGUCGUCGGUGAGGCGAUCACCCGGGACCUGGUCGCCGCUGUGGUCCGCAUCGGCGAGUGUGAAGUCGCUGGGAGGGGGUUCAAGGAGCUUUGUACCGGCCAAGGGGGCGAAAAGAUGGUGGUGGAGGGGCUGGAGAGGUUGUUGGGGAGGUUUAGGUGA